GCAGAAACGUUUCCCAUUCAACUUUUUCAUUACUUUCCCCCCCUCUCAGCCCAUCGUUCGUGCCUCUUCCAGUGGCUGUACAAGCAGUUUGUAUAGCUGUGAAGCGGCAAGUCAGCGCCUGGCCCCGCAGAACCGCUGCUUCCUUCUGAAGCAUCCUGCGUUAUGCUGGAUGGUGAAGGGAAACCCUCUUAGCACACCAGCCUCCCUCGCUUUGCUGUCCCUGUGGCAUGGCAGUGGAAGGUCCUUGGAGGAGCAGAGCUGUGCUGAGCAGUUUGCACGGGGUUUAUGUCCUGCCUACCACCACCAUGUCCUCCUUUCAGGACCUCUCUGGUUCCCCUCCGUCCUUGCUGACCUCUUCCCUUUUUUUGCUCACCAGCCACGGGGCUGCGGCCAGUGAGGGUGGGCAGUUGUUGUGCUGACGUUUCCGAGCCAUUCCUUUUGGGGCAGGGAACGAUAAUUUAGGUCUUCUCUAAUUGCUGACUGGUUUUCUCUCAGAACCCAUAGGGCUGUCAUAUCCGUGAGACCUUUUCCCUCGGUUUGAUUGAAAUUGGACAAAUGGUUGAGAGGUGAUGGAUGGGGCAGGGAAACGGGACUGGCAGGCUGAUAGAGAGGAGGAUAGACAGAGUGAGCGGAUACGCCUUGUUUCCUUAGGAAAUUAGGAAAUUUCCUUAGGAAGUCACACUGUCCUGUCAUUUAUUAAUUUUACUUUUUUGUAUAUGUCUUUGCUAGUUAUGGAGACAAAAGGAUACCACAGCUACCCAGAAGGCUUAGAUAUGGAGAGACGGUGGGGUCAAGUUUCUCAGUCUGUGGAGUAUUCUUCUAUAGGUGCUGGAGAGCAGACUGAUGACAGUAACUAUAUGGAGAUUGUAAACGUAAGCUGUGCUGCCAGCGCUUUUGCCAACAGCAGCGCUCAAGGAAACAGCAAAGAAAAACCUGAGCUACUCUCCUGCCUGCAGCAAGACAGCAGUCAGCCUGGUCUUCUGCCCUCUGACAUCAAAACCGAAACAGAGUCAAAGGAGCUGUCAGCCACGGUGGCCGAAUCCAUGGGUUUAUAUAUGGAUUCGAUCCGAGACGCCGAUUACCCCUACGAUCAGCAGAACCAGGGGAGCCCAGGAAAGAUCUACCAGAACGUGGAGCAGCUGGUGAAGCUCUACAAGGAGAACGGCCAUUGCUCUUCUCCCCUCCACAGCGCCAGCAGGCCCUUGAGGUCUUUGAUGUCGGACUCCGGGAGCGCUGUGAACGGUGGUGCCAUGCACGCUAUCGUCAAAAGCCCGAUCAUGUGUCAAGAAAAAAGCCCUUCGGGGUGCAGCCCUCAGAACAUGGUUUCCUCGGUGUGUAGUCCUGCUGGAGUUAACUCUGUGUCCUCAACUACUGCUAACUUUGGGAACUUUGCCGUGCACAGCCCCAUCGGCCAGGGAACCCCUUUGUCGCGCUCGCCGAAUGUUGAAAACCGAGGGUCUAUGUUGCACAGUCCCGCGCACGUUAGCAACGUCGGGUCUCCGCUUUCUAGCCCUAUAAGUAGCAUGAAAUCACCGAUUUCUAGUCCUCCCAGUCAUUGCAGCGUGAAAUCUCCCGUCUCGAGUCCCAAUAAUAUCACUAUGCGAUCUUCUGUGUCCAGUCCCGCCAACCUGAACUCGAGGAGCUCCAUUGCCAGCCCUUCCAAUGCCAAUAAUAGGUCCACUCGUUCUAGUCCAGCGGUUAGCACUGUGGGAUCCAUCUGUAGCCCUGUAAACAACUCCCUAGGAUUCCUGGCUUCCGGCACGUCGGCGGGACCUAGCAGAAGCCAAGAUACCGUUCCCAGUCCAGAAACAAAAGACAAGGGUGCUCAAGAACUCACGUUUCCUAAGAUGGAGGAAAUGGAGAACGCCAUCUCCAACAGCAGUCAGAUGAACCUCGUUCAGUUCAUAAAACCCGAGCCAGACGGUUCAUUCGGCAGCGCGUGCAUUGGCGACAGCAGCAAAAUAAAUUCCGAUUCCCCCUUUUCAGUACCAGUGAAGCAAGAGUCGGCCAAGCAUCCUUGUUCUGGUGCCUCUUUUAAAGGGAAUCAAACAGUAAAUCCUUUCCCAUUUACAGAUGGCUCGUAUUUUUCUUUUAUGGAUGACAAAGACUAUUACUCUCUUUCUGGGAUCUUAGGACCACCUGUUUCUUCGUUUGAUGGAAGUUGUGAAGGUAGCGGUUUUCCAAAUCCAGGCCUACCUGUGGGAAUUAAGCAGGAGCCUGACGAUGGCAGCUAUUACCAAGAAAACAGUAUACCAUCCUCUGCCAUAGUGGGUGUAAAUUCAGGUGGACAGUCGUUUCACUACAGGAUCGGUGCCCAAGGCACGAUAUCUUUGUCGCGGCCGGUUGCUCGAGAGCAGGCAUUUCAGCACUUGAGCUCGUUCCCUCCCGUCAGCACGCUAGUGGAGACCUGGAAGUCGCAUUCGGAGUUGGCAUCCAGAAGAAGUGAUGGGUAUCCAGUUCUAGAGUACAUUCCAGAAAACGUGUCCAGCUCUUCAUUGAGAAGUGUAUCAACUGGAUCUUCAAGACCUUCCAAAGUGUGUUUGGUGUGUGGAGAUGAGGCAUCUGGAUGUCAUUAUGGGGUAGUUACAUGUGGCAGCUGUAAAGUUUUCUUCAAGAGAGCAGUAGAAGGACAGCACAAUUACCUGUGUGCGGGAAGGAAUGACUGCAUAAUUGAUAAGAUUCGGAGGAAGAACUGCCCAGCCUGUCGAUUACAGAAAUGUCUCCAAGCUGGAAUGAAUUUAGGAGCCCGGAAGUCCAAAAAGUUGGGGAAAUUGAAAGGGAUGCACGAGGAGCAGCCACAGCAGCGGCAGCAGCCACCGCCCCAGAGCCCUGAGGAAGGGACGACGUACAUCGCACCCGUGACUGAGCCUUCCGUAAACACAGCACUUGUCCCCCACAUGUCCACUAUCUCACCAGCACUUACUCCCUCUCCUGUUAAGAUCCUUGAAAGCAUUGAACCAGAGAUUGUGUACGCAGGAUACGACAGUUCGAAGCCAGACACAGCAGAGUACCUGCUUUCCACCUUAAACCGCCUGGCUGGCAAACAGAUGAUUCAGGUGGUGAAGUGGGCAAAGAUACUUCCAGGAUUUAGAAACUUGCCUCUUGAGGACCAAAUUACUUUAAUUCAGUAUUCAUGGAUGUGUCUGUCAUCAUUUGCCUUGAGUUGGAGAUCAUACAAACAUACAAACAGCCAGUUCCUCUAUUUUGCUCCAGACCUGAUCUUCGAUGAGGAACGGAUGCGCCAGUCUGCUAUGUUUGAACUGUGCCAGGGGAUGCACCAGAUCAGUCUGCAGUUUGUUCGCUUGCAGCUUAGCUUUGAGGAGUACACUAUAAUGAAAGUUUUGCUGCUGUUAAGCACAGUUCCCAAGGAUGGUCUCAAAAGCCAAGCUGCAUUUGAAGAAAUGAGGGCAAAUUACAUUAAAGAACUAAAGAAGAUGGUAACUAAAUGUCCAAGUAACUCUGGGCAAAGCUGGCAGAGAUUCUACCAACUGACUAAACUUCUUGACUCCAUGCAUGAUCUUGUUAGUGACUUAUUGGAAUUCUGUUUCUACACCUUCCGAGAGUCUCAGGCACUGAAAGUAGAGUUUCCAGCCAUGCUGGUGGAAAUCAUCAGUGACCAGCUACCAAAGGUGGAAUCUGGGAAUGCCAAGCCCCUGUACUUUCACAGGAAGUGAUAGAAAAUGUCUUAAAUGGAAGAACUUUGCCUUAAGUUUCCCUGUGUUAUUCCACACCCAUGAAGGACCCAAGAAACCAUAUUUUAAACAUGCUAUUUACACUUGUUCAGCAGUCUCUGAAUAGUCUAAAAUCACAUGAAGGGUUUGGGGAAUGGAAAGCACUUGACUUGGAUUUGGCAAGACCUAGAUGUUUGGAAAUUACCCCAUAACCCUAAAACACUUAGAAAAUGUUCCUGUUCCUCUGGAUGAAAAGCCAUAUCUAGUCAAUAACUCUUUGAUUUUGAUAUUUUAAAAGAUGGAGUUUUAAAUAUGCCAUGUAGUUUCUGGUAUUGUUUGCUUGUUUUGAAAGGGUUCAAGAAGUAAUGAAAACUUUUUAAAGCUUACCCUUGGUUUGCACAUAAAACGUAAAGUCAAUAUGGGGCAUUAAUAUUCUUUUCUUGUAAAAAAAAAAACAAACAAAACCUAUAUAUAUAUACACACAUAUAUAUACACACACACACACACACACACACAAACCCUAAUAUGUAAAGUAAUAACAGAACAUUUGGUGUGGAAUACUCUGUUAUCCCCACCUGUGGCAUUUGUUAUCCCAUGUUAUCCCAUCAUAGAUGAUAUACACUGUGUUAAGUGUCCAUUUACUAUUUAAUUAAAAAGGAUAAGAUGUGAAAACAAAUGCCCUGGUAUCAAUUUAUAGUAUCUAUUGUGCUGGCUUUACAAAUAAUUUUUUGCAGUCUUUUGCUGUACUGUACAUUGCUGUAUGUAUAAAUUGUGAAGGACCUGAAAUAAGGUGUAAGGAACUUUUGUAAAUGAGACAAAAAAAAAAAUCUUUAAUGGUUAAUAGGAUGAAUGGGAAAGUAUUUUUGAAAGAACUCUAUUUUGCUGGAGACUAUUUAAGUACUAUCUUUGUCUAAACAAACAAGGUAAUUUUUUUGUAAAGUGAAAUGUUCUGCAUGCAUAAUGAACCGUUUACAGUGUAUUUAAGAAAGGGAAAGCUGUGCCUUUUUUAGCAUCAUAUCUAAUUUACCAUCCUACAGUAUCUGUUGUAAAUAACCACACUUAACCUUUUCAGUUGUAUUUAAGCCUUUCUAUUUUUCCUCUAUAUUUUUCUCCCUUUUGUCUCGCUUGCAAGCGUACGUGACUUGAGCACAUCUUGGAAACCCUGCUUCAUAUUUCUGUAGGAAACUACACUAUGUUGUGUUUGCCACUUUACGAAGGUUUCAUUUAACAAGACAAAUUACAGUCUCUCCAAAGCUUAUGCCAGCUUAAUGAUAGAGUGAGUUCUUGCCCUCUAUUCCCUUCCUCUCUCAGGGGAACAGGGGUGCAUAAGAUGUUGAAUGAUUUUUCUUUUUUUAUUAAGGUUUUCCCAGAUUGUUUGUUCUUCCUUUGAAUACUGGAUACAUAAAACAUCGUAAAAGGUCAGAUUAUUAUUUCAGCUGAGGGAGAGCGAUUUCUGAUUAUGAUGAAGGGAACAUGCAGAUCAUUACAGUAGGUACAUCGAACAGACUCGUACUGGUGAGAGGGAUGGUGAGGUACUGAUAGGGCAGAUUAGCUGAGUAGAAUUUUUAGUGAUAAACUCAAACCGCAUGUAAUUUUGUAAGCAUUUUUGUAAUAAUCAGAAUACAUCUGAGAAGACAAAUGUUCGCACUACAAGUUCAACUCAGUUGGUCUGAUUUUGUCUCAAAAAUGUUUUCUCUAGAAUAAGAUUGCAAAGAAAAACUUUUUGAGGUGAUUUUCACUAUUUCACAAUUUAUAAGCAAAUACAAAAUUUUGGAGUAGAAUAGAGGACAGGUGAACUUUUCUGAGGCUCAACUGUUGCUACCAUACGCUCAUGUUUAAAUAGAAUAGUUUUUCAGAGUCCUGAUCUAUAGUGUUCUCUCUGGGUGCCACUGGUAUUUUUGAGCUCUAGAGUUUGUCCCUUGGGCCGGUCAGAAUGUAGCAUUUCUUUUAAAUGGUGGUUGAAUUAAGAAUUCUACACCCUUUCUGAGUCCAAAUUUUGAGGUGCGCUUUGGUGCACUGAAGACAGUCAGUGCUACUUGUCUUUUUAAAUGACACCUGCCUUAUGCAAUGGGUAAUCUGUAAAGACUGUAUUCAGAGAGGUUUUUUAUAUAUAAAUAUAUACAUACAUAUAUUAUUUGCAUUUUGGAAGUCUAAUUCAUAGGCAGAUCUCUAAAUACUGACCUGCACAGCAAUAUGAAAGCCAAACUUCCAAUGUGAGACACACAGCAUGCAGACUGGUUGUUUACAGUAAAGACACAGUCAUACAUCCAUCUUUUCAUUUACAUUUUUUUUUAAAGCCUAAAAUAGAAAAUUUCAAAGCCAGGUUCUGGGUGAAUACAGUCUGCAGCAGCUUUUUAUAUUAACAAAGUUACUGCCUCCUUUUCUGUCUCAGAGUAACUUUGCUUGAUUAAAAUAGCAAAGCCAUAUUCUACACUUCACUGUUAAAUGCCUGUCCCAGUCCAAAUUGUUGUCUGUUUGCUCCUAUUUUUGUACCUUAUUACUUUUAAUCUUGGUUUGGUACAAUUCAUAAUUCACAGAAACUUCAUAUAAUUAAACACACUAAAUUAGUUUUAAAAAGCAAUUUAUAUCUUUAUGCAAAAACGUAUGUCUGUCUUUGCAAACAACUGUAAGCAGAUUAUAAUAAAUCCUUUACUUUAAUCACCUGUUGUUUAUGAAACCAUUCAUUGAUUAUUAUUUUUUGCUAGAGAUCAUUGAAGUAAUAGAUACAAUUGGAUAUAGAUGUUGUAAGAGGCAGUAUUCUCUUAUCAAGGACACUUAAGCAGAAUAGCCAUCACUUUUUUAAUCUAAACCUGUGUACAGCAAAAAAAAAAAAACAACCAACCAAACAACCCUAGUUUUUAGCUACUGGGCAGUUACGUUCUUUUGAAUUUGUUUAGAAUGAAAUAGGCAUUUGUCUCCUGCAAAAUACAAGACAAACUACAACACCUUUUAGAAGUGGGCUUUUGUUCAUUGAGCUAAAUUAUUUUGUUCUAAGAAGGAUCGGGGAUAUACAGCAAGAGCAUUGUAUACACAGUUAAAAAUGUAAAAUAGUGUUCAUGUACUGCAGUGGGUAUUUCAGGAAUACUACACAUCAUGCAACUGAGCAGUUGCACAAAAUAAAAUAGAAAAGACUAAAGUUUGCAAUAUCAAAAUCUUAUUAAAAAGAUACUUUACAAUCAAUAAUGCAAAAAGCUAAUUCACAGGGUGGUGUUUUUCACUGACUUGUUUAAACAUUUAUGAAAUUAAACAAUUCUACAGUUAAUGCACUUUUAAUUGUUUAUUAAAGAUUUGACUUUUUCUUUUUUUAGAGCAAUGUUUUCAGCUGGAGGUCAAUGACUUGAUAAGAUAGACAGCAGUUCUGAGGCCAGGAAGCUCAGAGGAAUGUUUAAGAAUUCUUGGAGUUUAAAUAGAUUCCUGGAUGAAAAAUAAAAGCAGCCAGCAGUAUGGUGUAAACAGUAAAAUCUAUGCAUAAUGAUGCAUUUAUAAUUAGGGGUUUGCUUCUGUAUGUUUAAAGCUUUUUAAAUAAAUAGAAAAUAUUGUUUGGUCUUUAUGUUAAUGUCUGAAAGUACCUAUUUUUCUUUUUUUCUUUUUUUAAUACAAAUUGUACAAAUAUACAUGAAUUAAACUGGUUUGAUUGCAAGUAUUUCUUGCAUUUUAAUCUCAGAUAGGUGCUGGGGCAGCGAUAUCCUUAGAGACAAGCUUCCGUGCAUCUAGAAACAAUAUUAAACAACAUAAAGUAACUAACACUGUGAAAGAACAUCUGUCUUCAUACAUCUAGAGAUUUGGUUUUACCAACCUCUAUUAAUUUGGGUGACGCAGCACAUAGAGCAGCUUCAGCCAGAGAGCAGCUACUCAUUCUGUAGAAUGAGGAAUCCCAAGCCAAGAGGAAUUUGGUUCACCUAACCUGGAUAACUCUGCUUGGCAGAUGACGUGCUGACACUGUUAGAGGCACAAGCUACGUCCCACACCAAGAAACAAACUCAGCAACCUUCAACAGCCAGACAAGUCUGGCUUCCAGUUUCAGUUAACCCAGAGCUGCUGUACCCAUUGACCGAGGUCAGAAUUUCUCUCAUGGAAACACGGAUUCACUAUUUUAUAUACACAAGGUCUCCCCAGUGACUAAAUCAAACUGCCUUCUCAGCGUCAGGUCUUGUCCAAUUAUGAUUAUAGUAAGAUAGUUAGAAGGGGAAACACAACUCUUGCUAUCCUGGUUUGUUCUGUGCACUGUCUAUCUCAAAAACUCACCAUUCUGCACAAAGCUAGGUCCAUGGUGUGGCACCACCAUUUAAUUGCAUUUUGUUUCUUUAAUAACAAGUUACACAAACUUUUUAUUGCCAAAAAUCCUCGCACCUGCCUUCUGUUUGCUGAAUUGUCAGAAGGAAAGAAUAGUAGAGAAUCAGCAGUGUUAAGAAAAAUUUCCCAUAUGUUUACAAGCAGAUGUAUCUGUCAUAUGCUGUUCUAGAAAUAAGAAAAUGCUAUCACUACUUAAAAACACAACAAAACUUGUAAUCUGACCUCAAGCUGGGACGCUGCUUUCUUUCAGGUAUCUACAGAGACUGGGAGUUUGAGGAGUACAAUAUUACUAAGAUAGAAAGGAGUGAUAAAAUGCCCUUUCAUUUCAAAGACUUCACUAGGUAAAACAUGCCAUAAGGUUUUUAAAAAAAGAACGCUUUACUUGUAGAUGUUGGUAGGGUGAAGUUUAUUUGCUGCUUACCUGUGGUUACUGCAAGCACAGAUGAGGUCACACUGUUGAACUCUGCUGUAGAAAACUAUGUCCAAGGCACAUUCAGCUUAAAAGGUGACGCUCCAGUGAAGACUUCCAGUUAGCCUGCGUUUAGCACUGGUGCAUUUACAGCCUGCAUAAGCCCUCUGUCAGCAACGGAUGGACUUUCCUCUUUAAAUUGCAAACCAGGUAAGAACUGUGAAAUGGGUUAAGAGAGAGAAAACGCGGAACAGAGCAUGGAGAAAGGCAAGUUUCUGCCAGUCUCUUUUCCAUGAUACAAUUACAGAGCCUGAGCUAGCAAAAGCUGUAAGCAAUGCAGCAGGAACACUUCUUUUCAUCACAGGGCAGAUAAGUUAGCCAAUGAAAUUUUUCUUUCACUCCUGAUGCAAGACUGGGCAUCAGAAGGAAACCUGCCAUGAAGAUCAGCUAGGACAAUGAUUAACAACAUUCAGCAGCCUGAAAAACCCUGGGGUUUUUCACCCAGCAGAGUGAAAAUGCUGCCCAGUCAAGGCGCAGAACUGCGCACUGUCCAGUGACUAACACAGACUGUAAAUUCCUACUGAUCCCAGCUAGUCAGAGCCUCAGCUUUUCCAUUAAUUAUUCAGCAAACACACAUUUGACCUUAAUCCCCAGGCUAGGGGAUUCAAUCUCUGGCCCCACAGCAAUGGCCAGGCAAAUGCCAUUUUGCAUAACACACACAAAAUGGGUUUUUUCCCUAAUUCACCCUCUCUGAUUUUUCAGCCCAUGUCAUGAAUUCACUACCAGGAGUCUCAGCUUUUAAAAACUGACAAGUAGGUGCCCCUGUGCACAGUAACCAGUGCGUGGGAAGGGAGGGGGAACCCAACCUGAGGACUGAGCUGAAUCUGUCGCCCACAGCUGUGACACAAGAGCAGUUCCCCUGGAGAGGACAGAGCCCAGCCAGGCCCAUGGAGAACAACCACUCCUGCUGCCAGGCCACAAGAGAACAGCCCUGUGACCAACUUUCUCCACAACUGAUUCCCUGUCCUCCUUCCCCCCUCAAGUUAACAGUGCAUCACCCUGCGCAAAUCUACCAAACCACAGAAAAGGGGGCCGACUUUCUUUUGUGAUUUUUAAUUUUUAGCAUCCUUUAAUCUCUACUUCCAAAGUCCGUACGAGGGCAUUGUUUACAGCACUGUUCAGCAGUGAGGAUGGAGAACGAGAUGUGCCAUGGCUACUUGGCUGUGCAAGUCUGUACUCGGCGUUAGUAUCACCAGGCUGAUGUGGAAACCUGUAUGGUGGGCAGCAGUUACCACAACUACAUUCCUAAGAGGCAGUGUGGUUAGCCUGAAAGCCGGAUCUGAUCUGGCUCAGCUCACAUCACUGCCUUUAGACAAUGUCUAGGAUGUGAGAAAGUUUAGAUUAGUAUUACCUCUGCUCAGUGUAUCGUUUCUCAGUAGAAAAGUUUUCAUCUUGUUUGGGUUCUGCGUGGCUCCAGAAGUAACAGGAGUCUCAAAACAUCUCACCCAAAGGCAAACAGGGUCACAGGACUGGAUGGAAGAGACACUAAGUCUUUCAUUCCUUCUCAAUAUAUCUGCCUUUUUAAACCACCUCAGUUAAAAGAAAAAACAACAACAACAAAAAAAAAAACCAAAAUCACGAAACAAAAAAACCCACCACAGAGUUAGAACUGAGAAACACAUAGAGAAUUUUGGAAGACAGCAGCCAGAACAAGAUCAAACAUGAACUGCACAUUUAAAACAACAAAUGGAAGCGACUUACAAAGCUUGUAAGCUUCAAGUUAUCACAGCUUCGCUAUCUGACAUGCCAGCAUACCUGGCUGCCACACCUACUAGGCUAAUACCAAAGAUUUACAUUCUCCCUCUUCCUUCAACAUUUUCUACCAACUGGUAGCUAUGAAAACUGAGUCCAGCCACACAAACGCCAUGCUGUCUCCAGAAUGACUCCUAAGGCCACAAAUGAGUUCACAGAGCUGUGGGUGAUGCGAUACCCAGCCAGAACAGUGCUUUGCCAUGUCAACAAAUCUGAGUAAGGAAAUCCGCAAUCUCUUGCUGUAUGCAGUCGUGCAACUACUUCCUUAAUACUGAGUCAAGGAGCAGAUUAAAGAACUUGAUCUCCGUCACAGAAAUCCAAAAGUCACCUUCAGUGUUUGGGUCACUCAGCCACUAUGCCAAGACAAGAAUUGCCUAAAAGCUGUAUGGCAGAGAGUCACCGCUCAAAUACCACGAGAAUACACCAAAUGAAACUCCUGUGAGCUACGAGGUUUAGUGCUGGAGAGCUGUACUGACUUGGCCCACCAUUGCUCCUUCUGGAAAUGAUUCCUGCGUACUCCAAUGGUCUACACAGUCUGGGCAAAGGAACAAAAUAAUGGUAUAGAGUUAAAUAUUAAGGGGGGAAGAAAAGCCAUCCCAUACUUCAGGCAGCAUUAACCAUUAACUGGUUUACUAAUCACAUUAGUUAGAAAAACUUGCAAGCAAAGUGUAUCUGCAGUAAAUGACUCAAAAUCCACGGAGUUCAAAGUAACAAAUAGGUGAGCCUGUAUUAGCAUGUCACCCUGUCACAUUUUCCUCCAUCCUCUCCACUGCCUCCCAGAGGAUCUGACUUGAGG